AUGGCGUCUGCUGGAGAGUCUAUCUUGGCUCUCACUGGAAAGAGAACCACUGGUCAGAGCAUCAGAUCGCAAAAUGGUAAUUUGAAAGAACUACUUUGGAUGUUCCUUAAAUUAUUGCUUUAGUUACUGCUGCUGUUGCCAUCGCCAACAUUGUGAAGUCUUCUUUGGGUCCUGUUGGGCUCGAUAAAAUGCUCGUCGAUGAUGUUGGAGACGUUAUUGUCACUAAUGACGGUGCCACGAUUCUCAAGCAGCUUGAGGUAGAGCACCCUGCUGGAAAAGUUCUCGUUGAGUUGGCACAACUUCAAGACGAAGAAGUUGGAGAUGGAACGACUUCGGUUGUCAUUAUCGCCGCUGAGCUUCUUAAACGAGCCGAUGAGCUCGUCAAACAAAAGGUUCACCCGACGACAAUAAUCAAUGGGUACCGUCUGGCCUGCAAGGAAGCAGUUAAAUACAUUCACGAAAAUGUUUCGUUCACCGCUGAUUCCAUUGGCAGGCAGGCUAUUGUUAAUGCUGCCAAGACUUCCAUGAGCAGUAAAAUCAUCGGACCGUAAGUUUUCGUCUAUUAUGCUAGAGUCAAGUAUAACAUUUUUAGUGACGCCGAUUUCUUCGGUGAGCUGGUUGUUGAUGCUGCCGAGGCUGUGAGAGUUGAAAACAAUGGAAAAGUGACUUAUCCUAUUAACGCUGUCAACGUGCUGAAGGCGCACGGAAAGAGUGCUAGAGAAUCGGUUUUGGUCAAAGGAUACGCUCUCAACUGCACCGUUGCCAGCCAAGCUAUGCCAUUGCGCGUGCAAAACGCUAAAAUCGCCUGCCUCGAUUUCUCGCUUCAAAAAGCCAAGAUGCACCUCGGCAUUUCGGUUGUCGUUGAAGAUCCAGCAAAGCUCGAGGCUAUCCGCCGCGAAGAAUUUGAUAUCACGAAAAGACGCAUCGAUAAGAUUCUGAAGGCCGGAGCUAACGUUGUUUUGACCACCGGAGGAAUUGAUGAUCUCUGCCUCAAACAAUUCGUGGAAUCCGGAGCUAUGGCUGUCCGAAGAUGCAAGAAGUCUGAUUUGAAGAGAAUCGCAAAGGCGACUGGAGGUAAAGGAAAGCCUGAGAAAGCAAAGUAAUCGCCGUAUUUCAGCUACCUUGACCGUUUCUUUGGCUACUCUGGAAGGAGACGAGGCUUUCGAUGCUUCCCUUCUCGGAAGUGCCGACGAAGUUGUACAGGAAAGAAUCAGUGAUGACGAGCUCAUUCUCAUCAAGGGACCGAAAUCUCGCACGGCAAGCAGCAUCAUUCUUCGAGGAGCCAACGACGUCAUGCUCGACGAAAUGGAGCGCUCAGUUCACGAUUCUCUUUGCGUCGUUCGUAGAGUUCUCGAGAGCAAGAAGCUUGUUGCCGGAGGAGGAGCCGUCGAGGCUGCUCUCAAUCUUUUCCUGGAGACAUUUGCUCAGACUUUGUCUUCCCGUGAACAGCUCGCCGUUGCCGAGUUUGCGACAGCUCUUCUUAUCAUUCCGAAGGUUCUCGCCAGUAACGCUGCUCGUGAUUCCACUGACCUGGUCACCAAGCUUCGUGCGUAUCAUAAUAAGGCUCAGCACAUAGCUCAACUGCAGCAUCUCAAAUGGUAAACGAAAUGAAAUAAUACUUUAAAAACGCUGCGGGUUUUGAAGGGCUGGUCUGGAUCUCGAGAAUGGAACCAUUCGCGAUAACAAAGAGGCUGGUGUUUUGGAACCAGCUUUGAGCAAGGUCAAAUCCCUGAAGUUUGCGACUGAGGCUGCCAUCACGAUACUGCGUAUCGAUGAUCUGAUCAAGCUUGAUAAGCAGGAGCCUGCCGGUGGAAAUGAUGAUUGCCACGCCUGA